AUGCUUCGAGGCUUGUGGCCUUCGGGCCCAGCAGACCAGACAACUCCGAAGGCAUCCAGCUCGCACUCCAAUGGCGGCGAGCGCAACCCCUUCGACGCUAUGCAGCCUCCUGCCAUGACAAAGCAAUCUUCUCGCUCAUCGCUCAACACUUCCAUCAUUAGCAACCAUCUGCCAGGUGAUGUGACACCAGGCAUGCGAACCCCAGGCGGCAUCAUGUCCCAGUCGGCCAUUCCUACUACCUCCAUCUCGCUCAACGACCCAGACUUUACCAUGAAGCUACCGCCGCCAAAGCCCAAGGGCGAUGUCAACAUGGCACCGGCACAGCCAAUCAACAACGGCAGCGCACCAACAUCCGGCACAGCCUCUCCUGCCCUGACCGGCCCCUCCUCCUCCUCCGUCGCCCACAGCACCAGUGGCAGCACCACUCCAUCCUCGAACGCGAGUCAGACGCGCAACACCAACGCGCCGCGCGGUCAUCUCACCGUCAAGAUCGUCGCUGGUCGCAACCUAGCCGUCAGGAGCCCCACUGCCCGGCCCUAUGCUGUGGUUCAGUUCGACAAGAACGAGUUCAUCGGUCGCGAGCCCAUUGACGAGUCUGGACCCGAAGCCAAAGGCGUGGCACAGCCCAGAUCCGAAGCCGGCGAAUCUGGCCGAAGUCGUGCAAAAACCGUCACACCCGCCGACGCGCUUCGAACAGGUCAGAAUCACAACCCCGUCUGGAAGCACGAAGUCACCUUCGAUGUCACGCAGGACUCGCAGCCCAUCUACAUCAGCGUCUACGACCGUCACUCGGAGGACGAGGGCUUCCUCGGCAUGCGCGAAAUCAAGCCUCGUAUGGUCCACAAGAUGAUGAGCGAUCAGUGGUAUCCGCUCUCGACUCGAGAUGACGAGGAAGGCAUGGAGAACCAGCGCGGCGAGAUCCGCGUUCAAAUCUCGUACGAGCGCACGCCGCACAAGAAGCUCACUCCGCACGACUUUGAAUAUCUCAAGCUCAUCGGACGCGGCACCUUUGGUCGUGUCUUCCAAGUGCGCAAGAAGGACACCAAGCGUAUCUAUGCAAUGAAGGUCCUCUCCAAGCGAGAGAUCGCCAUUAAGAAGGAGGUCACGCACACCAUGGGCGAACGCAAGAUUCUCGAAAAGUCGCUCGACUGCCCCUUCCUGGUCGGUCUUAAGUUCUCCUUCCAGAGCGCCACCGAGCUCUACUUUGUCACCGACUACAAGUCUGGAGGCGAGCUCUUCUGGCAUUUGCAGCGCGAAGGUCGCUUCACAGAGGAGCGAGCGCGCUUCUACAUCGCCGAGCUGGUCCUCGCGCUCGAGCACCUACACAAGUACAACAUCGUCUACCGCGAUCUUAAGCCUGAGAACAUCUUGCUCGACGCAACAGGUCACGUCGCGCUGUGCGAUUUCGGUCUCAGCAAGCCCGACUUGGGCGCUGGUCAGCUGACCAACACGUUCUGCGGUACCACCGAGUAUCUGGCCCCCGAAGUGCUGCUCGACGAAUCGGGCUACUCGAAGCUCGUCGAUUUCUGGUCGUUGGGUGUUUUGCUGUUCGAAAUGUGCUGCGGCUGGUCGCCCUUUUACGCAGAGGACACGCAGCAGAUGUACCGCAACAUUUGCUUCGGCAAGAUCAAGUUCCCUCGAGGUGCCAUCGGUGACGAUGGAAAGCAAUUUGUCAAGGGUCUUCUGAAUCGCAACCCGCGCCACCGUCUUGGUGCCUCCCGCGACGCACAGGACCUCAAGGAGCACCCCUUCUUCAAGGACAUCGACUUCGAAGCGCUCGCCAAGAAGCAGCUCACGCCGCCAUUCAAGCCUCUGGUCGAGUCGGACGAGAGCGUGGCCAACUUUGACCCCGAGUUCACCGAGACGGAUCUCAAGGACGUCGCUGUCAUUCCUGGCUUCGAGGGCGAUUCCACCGAGGCGGCACAGGCGCUGGAGAACGGCGACAUUCUCUCGGAGAAGGAUGCCAAUGGCAAGGGCGUGGCGAUCAACAAGGGUCGAGGUGGGGACGAGGAUGACGACCACUUGCUCACCAGGAGCAUCCAGGACAAGUUCCGAGGCUUCAGCUACAGCGGAACGUACGAGGGCAGCGUAGCAGGCAGCUUUGGUGGUAGGAGAGGCUCAAGUGGAUUCGGUCUGGCAGGUGCCAGCUUGGGGAUGAGCAGGAUGGGCGUCAACGAUGACGACGCCAUGGCAGACGAGGAUCUGGCCGCGUUGGAGCGCCAGCUAGAUGCGGACGAGGUGAUGGCUUCUCGCUAA